GUUUCAUUUCCUUCACUCUGACAAAUCCAAAACCCAAGCCAGAGAGAGAGAGAGAGAGAGAGAGAGGCUUAAAUUUCUCGGUACAGUUGCUUCAAUGGCCGAAAUCCUAAGCCCGAACGCGAAGCAGAGGGUGCUCCUUCCUCGGAUCCAGUCUCCGACAAGCCCCUUCAUCCUAGGCUCCAACGACGACCAGCUCGAGCGGGCCCAGGCCCGGGCCGCCCGAGCCGCCAAGGUCCGACGCAAGUCCGUCGUCGCUCCGCAGCGCGGCGAAGGAGAUCCCGAUGCCGACCCCUGCCUCGGCAAGCAGCAGAUCCUCGAUCUCUUCCGCAAUUGCAUCAAACUCGCCAGCGAAAAUAAAAUUAAUCAGAAGAACACAUGGGAGCUGAAUUUGAUAGACCAUUUAAGAGAGAUUAUAAAGGUUGAGGAAGAAGACGAUUCCGAGACGAAUUUUCAAAAGGCAAGUUGCACUCUUGAAGCUGGAGUUAAGAUUUACUCUUUAAGGGUGGACUCAGUGCAUUCAGAGGCUUAUAAGGUCCUCAGUGGGAUGAACAGAGCAGGCCAAGAAAAUGAACAAGAUGCUACUGUGGACAAUGCCUUUGUUGAGAAUGGACAAGAGGGAGGUCAUUCCAAAAAAGAUAUAGAAAGAAAGUUGUCCCCUUUGUCAACAUUGGAGUCAUCUUUUGAGGUUCUCAAUGUAAAGAAGUUCGAUGUUGCCUUUGCAGUGGAUCCACUUUAUUAUCAGACAUCCGCACAAUUCGAUGAAGGUGGAGCCAAGGGUCUUUUAUUGAAUAAUCUUGGAGUAUAUGGUGGAUGUCGAGUGCUCUUUGAUUCACUGGAAGUACCGGGAAAGUGCAUGUCAUGUGAAAAUCAGUAUGAUAAAUCAGAUACAAUUGAUCUUUCUUUUGCCAAAGAUUAUGUUGAACAGAUGGUAUUGAAUAUGCAAACAAAGAAUGAAAUUUCGCCAAGUCUGAGAGAUAUAGUCAAUCAAUUUGAUGAAGAUAAUAGAAGGCCAUCAGACUUUUAUUCCUCUGUCGAGAAAUCAGCAGAGGAAGUUGAUGCAUCUUACAAGAAUGAACUUGAUUCUGAUGGUGAUACAUUUGAGAACUGUGGGACCUGGAGUUAUGAUCAUGAUGAACAUACAAGUGUGGUUGAUGAGGGUCCCAUUUGUGCAGAUCCAACUUAUCCAAGUUAUCAUGAGGAACAUGAACCUUUUUCUUUCCAUGAACCUGAAAUGGAUGACACAGUUGAGAAAAUUGAUGGUUAUCUCUUCUUAAAUCUGGGAUUUACUAAACAAAAUGCUUGGGCAGGUCCUGAUCAUUGGAAGUAUCAGAAAGCUAAAGGUUCAGAGGAUGAUCCUGGUACAAAAAAUGUGUCACCAGUAACAACCAAGCGGCCAAGAAAUAAGAAACAAGCAGAAGUUGAUAUUGAUUUCACAAAAGCCUUGGAUGAAGAAAUGCCAGAUAUCUUUGCUCCUCCAAAAAAUCCCAAGUCGUUAUUGCUGCCUGCAAAUAGAGUUCCCUGUAAUACAAAACUUCCUGAAGAUUGUCAUUAUCAACCAGAAGAUCUUGUCAAGUUAUUUCUUCUCCCUAAUGUUAAGUGCCUUGGGGUGAGGGGAAGAAAGUGCUCAGAUAAGUCAAGGCAACAAGCUGAGGCUUAUGGGCCACUGCCAUCCUGGGAUGAUGAGAGUGCGUUUGGUGGCCAAUAUGAUGAUGGAAAUGUCUAUAGUGAUGUAGAGGACUCCAACACACUUGUUUCUCAACCUCGCCAGGUCAAUAAGAUUGAAGUCCAGUAUGACAAAACUUCUAAGCAAGUUGAUGUCCAAGCACUAAAAGAAACUCUUUGGGACCAUAUACAGGAAUCUCCUAUAAUGUCUCCUCAGGGUCAAGAAGAAGCAGUAUCAUUCAAGCAAGUCUUGGCCGGCUUUCCUAAUGACUGCACAGCAGCUGGAACUAUUAAGGAUAUCUCCCCACAUCUGUGUUUUAUAUGCCUAUUACAUUUAGCUAAUGAGCAUGGGUUGAGCAUUCAUGGCUGCACCAAUUUGGAUGAUCUCAGUAUACGCUUUCCUCAUAAUGCAGUGCUGCCGCAUUAAUUGGUUGCACCAACUUGGAUGAUCUCAGUCUAUGCCGCCCUCAUAAUGGUAUGCACAUAUGUGAGAUGGUCUGUAGGCUGUAGCUCAUUCUAGCCUAUGCUUUCUUGUACUCUACUAAGAAAAAAUGUCAGCAACUCACUGAUCCAGGUACUAAUCUUACCAUGUGCUUCACAUAUCUUCUUGAAUUUUUACGGAUAUGUAGAUUUCAUUGCUUUUCUGUCAUAAUAUGGCAAGAAUGCAAAAGCAUCCUGUAGAUUUCACGAGUUUAUUUUUUAAUUUAAA